GGACAGUCAUGGCCUAAACAGCCGCAAUGAGGAGACUGUUCCAAAGGGCACUGCCGCAUGGGGCAACAAAUCGGCGCUCCCAUCACCAAAUGCAUGGGGUUCACCUUGGCUCCUGGAUCACAAGAAUGAUGGAGCUCCUGUCCCACCUGGCCACAUGGAUGGCCGUCCUUCUUCCCGAGGAAGCUCGAUGUCAUCAUCGACAAUUGGAAGUGACUUCCUUGACUUACCAUCACACCAUUUGCCAACUGCUGCAAGUCGUCCUCUAAGCACAGAGACGAGAUCAGGGGGCUUGCAACUUUCUGGUUUUCCAGAUUCUUACACCAAUGUUCUGAAAGCACCAUUCAGAAACGUUGGCAGACGGGCACCUACAUCACGGGGGAAAGGUUUCAGCCUAAGUAUGGAUGACUUCCCAGAACUUGGCUCCAAAAAUUCCGCGUCAAACAGUCAACAAGGACAAAAUUCAGGAAGGUGGCCAACUGUUGGUUCUGGUAUGGCGGCGACACAAGAUGAGCAAGGAAAGAACCCGAUAACUGGAACUGGUGAGGUAAUUUCGUCUUGGAGUUAUGAGCAUGAAAGUAUCUCAGGAAUGAACUACAUGUUCAAAGGUGGUGAUCCUAUUCCUGCUGCAAAGUUGACAGGGGGUGCUGAGCAGGCUCAACUGCAUGGUCCAAAAGGUCCUAAUAUAUGUAUGCCUCCUCCGUGGGUGGAUUACUGGCACCCUCCUCCUGAUCAACCUCCAGAUGAAGAUGGCAUAUUGCACAGAGGAGAGGCACAGUAUGGUCCAUACAAGAAUGCAGACCCCAUUGGCUUCCCUGCUGAAUCGCUUGCUCAUGUUGGUCAGUCCACACUCAACAAGAAGGCGGCAGCAAGGCAACAUACUGGACAUGGUGGGCACUUUUCAGACAACUGGGAUCCAUCUCAUCCUCACAUGCCCGCUGAUUGUUGUGCCACAAAUCAACCUUGCCACGUUCUUCUAAAGGUCAAGAAUGGUUGUGCAGAUGUACUUGAGAUUGAGAAGCAACCUAUCAUCAAGAAGGAUCUGGCCCUCUUAGAGAAAAUAAAGUGUCUAAACAUCAAAGCUAGAAAUCUUCGUGCUCUUAACUUGGCCAAUACACAUUCAUCUCUACCCAAGGAAUCCAAGGUUGAACACCCAAAAAGCAUUAAUGUCGAGGCAGGUCACGCGGCAGAAUAUGUUCCCUUCAGUGCUGUCACCAGUGAGGUUGGUCCUGCAUUUGACAAGCUUAAUUCUGUUUCUGAAAGCAGCAGUUCUGUGCCAACUAAACCAUCAAAUGUGCCUGCUAAGGGUGUAGUUGUUGUUGGUUUGUCAGAAGAACAAGUUACUGAAUAUAGUGAACCAGGAAAAGCUGGUAAAUCUGCUAAUUGCCAUCCAUAUGGAAGAGGUGAUAUCUCAGGAUAUGGGCUUGACUGUUCUGCUCAGGACAUACCUUCUAAUGGACAUGGAUGGGAAGAGUACUCGAUGGUUGACUCUUCACACGGAGUUGUUACGGCAGAUGCUCAACAGGACCAACUUUUUUCUGGGAACGCCUCGCAGCAGGCACAUGUGACAGCUGCUGAUAAGGUGUCAAAUUGGCUCGAUUGUGAAUUCCAGCAUUCCAGAAUGAGAGAUUUGUCUUCUCAGGCUGCCAAACAACUACAUGAUGCAGAGAACUGGAUUAGUCAACAAAAAGCAAAUGCUAUUACAAAACUGGAAGAAUUGAGGAUAUAUCAGUCAAUACAGAGUCACAAGUCCAAUGAUGCACCCCCAGAUGCAGAUAAUAUGUACUGCAAACAGAAAACACAAGGUGAUGGGACUACUAGUUCAACAGCAGGUACACAUUAUAUUGUCUCUGCUGAUGGUCUUAGUGUGCCUCAACCAGUAAAUGGAGUCAAGGUAACGGAAGUUUCUAUUGGUUCCGGCCCAGCGUCAAAUACUUCAGGUGUUAUUAAAGGUCCGUGGAUUUAUAAUGUCAUGUCUUCAGCCAAGAAAACAGAGGUUAACAUGAUAGAAUACAUUGCCAACGAAAGUACCCCACUUUCACAUGAUAACAGUACUCCAGAGCACCUACGGAUGGAGAAUAGGCGAAGGCAUUUUGAUUCACGUGAGAGAAAUAUGACCGAUAGCAAGACUCUUGCAGACACAAAGGGUGCUGAAGCUAAAUCUCACGAGGACCUCUUGACCAGGAACAAGAACAUCAGGAGGGAUUCUGAAGCGAUUAGGCCUGCAGCUACACUUGUGUUUGGUAAUCAGAAGAAUUCUACAAAAGUCUCGAGUGUUCAUAAAACUGCGAUCAAUGGUUCUACAAUUCCUACCAAGGUUACCUCCGUUACAGGUCUUAUUGUGGGUAGUAUAAUGAUUGAGGAUGUCGCCACUAGCCUCUCAAGGCUGAAGCAGGUCAAGAAAUCAGAAAAGAAUCAGCAUGGUCUACAGCUUGCUGAGGAUUCAGUUUCGAAUGAUAGUGCCAUGUACAAGACGAUUAAACAGACAGGCAAGAAAGAAUUGCACGCAGAAGGAUGUUCAAAUGGUAUGGCUGUUGCUGCUGCCACAGAACCAUCUGAAAGUCACAGUAUGGUUUUGGAGAAUGUGGCGACAACGAAAAAGAGUGAAGUAGGAUGGUAUGCCCAUGAGCCUUUACAUGAAGAGCUGCAACAGCAGAAUGGGGUGCCAAUAUUACCAGGAGAGAACCAAACAUCUUAUGGUAAUAGAGCAAACUCCAAUUUGGAGACUACGUAUCAUGAUAAAGAAGCACCUGCUAGUUGUACUGAAGUCAAAGUUACAACUGAGCUCAACGACUGGCUGGAUAGGAAAACUACCUUGGAUUAUCAAGGGAGGCCUGGUGGUCCUUGGAAACAAAAUAGUGAUGGACUGGCUUCAAGGGUGCAAAAUGUUGCUGAACCGGCUGACUACUUCAAUGUGGCAAACGUUGUACAGCAGUCUUCUGAUCAGUGGCUGCAAGGAGCGGAGCAAUUUGAGUCCAAGACCGAUGAUGGUACUGUGGAGCAUUCAAAACAAACUCACAUGGUCCCCUGGCCUGACAAUACUUGGGUAAAGCAUCGUGCAACUGGCAAUCCAAGGCGCUACCAUGUUGAGGGCCAAAGAAAUGCGGUGAGUCGCUCUGGCUACGAGGAGAGGGCAAGCAGGAGACACUUGUUCCAUGAAUCACCAGCUCCGUCUAGGCUUCGCUGGAUGCCUAAAUACACCUUCCAUCCUCCGAGCGAUGCACAAGACAAUGGCGUUCCCGAAUGGUUUCAUGAUUCUCACCAAAUAGCUGAAGGAGAUAGUAGAGUGGAUCUGCAGGGUGGAGAAGGCAAUGUAAGCAUGAGUUUCGUAGAUGAAAACUUGAUGAUAUGGAAUGAAAAAGAGUGGGAAUAUCAGCAGCCCUUCCCAGCACCACAUCGCCUUGGCCAGCAACAGGGCGGUAGGGGCCAUGGCUGGUACCAGGGGAGCGGCCGCGACACAGAUGUUGACAGUCAAAGGGGAAGAGGCAGACACUCUGAGUACCACUUUGUGGAGCCGGUAAGAUAUCGUCAUGCUGCACCUGACAUCCAGUGGAACCUCGGUGGUGCUGACAAUUAUCGGCCGUUGGUCUCACCAAGUGCAGGAGUGCACAUGCAGCGCAGAUACUACAUUUAAGGGUUGUUGUUGGAUAUCUGUGCUCCAUAGAAUCAUCAUCAAUCCAGUCCUGUAUUCUAUCCAUGAAUGUUCUUGUGUGUUGCUGAAGCUUAGAUACCUUCUCAGCUCUGUUUCUUUCUUUUCGUGGGCAUGUGAAUUGUGAUACAUUUACUUGCGAGAUGCUAGUCCUGGCGUCCUGCUGGUCUUAGGGUAACCUUUAUAUAGUGUAAGAUCUGCGAAGAAUAUUCUACUUGCUGUGGUAGAAUUCUCAUCGAAUCGUUGUUUGGGUGUCGCGAGAGAGAACUUUGCUGAUUGAUUUGUUCAGUUAGCGGUAUUUCGAAUCAACUUCACUGAGUUGAAGGCAACGAAGUGUAUCGCUUUUGUUC